UAUUUCAUUUUUGUUGCCUAUACCUCACAUUCGCUCCCCUCCUUUCACGUACUUUGCUUUUUCUUCCACCACCCUCAUGCCGUAGCUCUGUCUCUGCCUAUCCGACAAAAUGCCUUCUCUCUCCAAGUCUCCCCCUUCUCCGCCUUCUCCUCGCUCUCUUUUUCAUCAAGACAACUGCGAAGCCGAGCGCCGCCUCGAGGCGGAGGAGCUCUUGCGAGAGGCCAUUGUGGAGCUCCAGCGUCGGCAGCGUUUGGCUGUCCUUGAUUGUCCUUGUCCGCCCUGUGAUCAUCCGCCUGAUGAAUCUUGUGUGGCUCACGCUAUUGGCAAUCUCUGCCAGAGUUUCCUUCUCUCGUACGGCGUCAGGGUCGGUGUAGGUAUAUUACUUCGAGCUUUCAAGCUCGCUAAGGGACAGUCUUAUGCUUCCCUUCUCGAUCUCAAGCAACUUGUAUCAGAGAAAGAUUUAAUUGUGAGAGAAGAAGCAUGCCGUGUUGGUUUACUAUUUGGGGGAUUUACAGGGUCCUAUCAUGCACUCAGAUGCUUGUUGAGAAAGUUGAGAAGGAAAGAGACGCCGUUUAAUGCAAUUUUAGCUGGUUCGGUUGCAGGGUUGUCUGUUUUAGCAUUAGAUGACUCCUACCAGAGGCGUAGUCUUGCUCUUUAUCUCUUGGCUAGAGCAGCUCAGUGUGCGUAUAAUUCUGCCAAGUCUAAGAACAAAUUUCACCUAUGGGGAAGCCAUUGGAGACAUGGUGACUCGUUGCUCUUUGCUCUUGCAUGUGCUCAGAUUAUGUAUGGCUUUGUAAUGCACCCAGAGAGCUUGCCAAAAGGAUAUCGUGACUUUAUUCAGAAGACUGGUCCAGUUGCAAAGCCUGUGUAUGAGGCUGUGAGAUAUAGCUGCAGAGGGGUCCCAGUGGAUGUUGCCUCACUAUCAGCUUAUUUAUCUAGCAUAGGGAAACUCAAAUCUGUGAAGUUGGAAGUAUACCCUUGCAUGAUUCCCUGUUCUGUUAUUCAUCCAGACUUACAUUCAUGUUUGAAUCAUAAUGCUAAAGCAGCAUCAGCUACAUUCAGAAGAACUUUCCCACUUUACUUCUCAUUGACUUUUGUCCCAUAUGUUUUUCUACACCUUCAGAAGUUCGUGGAUGCACCUGCUCGCACAUGUUGGCUUGCUGUUAGAGAUGCUGUUCGCUCAACAACAUUUUUAUCUGCAUUUGUUGGAAUUUUUCAGGGGGUGAUAUGUCUGCAUAGAAAAGUCGCAACAGUGGACCACAAACUUGUCUAUUGGGUUGCAGGAGGAAUUGCUGCUCUUUCAGUGCUACUAGAGAAAAAAUCUAGACGUGCUGAACUUGCUUUGUAUGUUCUGCCACGAGCUGGAGAUUCGUUGUGGUAUAUUUUAGUUAAUCACCACCUGCUUCCAGCUGUUAAGAAUGCAGAGGUGGCUUUAUUUUGUGCAUGCAUGGGAGGAAUAAUGUACUACUUGGAAUAUGAACCAGGCACUAUGGCUCCAUUCCUUAGGGGUCUAAUCCGUCGUUUCCUUGCCAGCAGAAUAAGUAAUCCAAGCUCUCCAUCCAAUCGGAGUUCUUCGUACUCAUAUUUGCAGACUCCUGAUGCUAAGCCACCAAAAUUGUGGGAAGGCAGAGAAACUGAAGAUUCAUCAUCUGAGAAAUACAAUCUUGAAUCCAUUCCAGGGCUGUAAGUGUAUUUUGGUGGCCCAAUUAUCACUGCCUCCUACCCCAGCCAUUCUUUCAUUCAAAUUUUAUAUCAUUUGUUAUAAGGCAGAUGAGUGCUUCUUAAUACGUUAGAAUUGACCCCAUAGAGAAUAAUGUUUCAUGCCUCAUAUUAUGGCCCUUGCAAAUGUGUUGAAAAGAGGGAUUAGGUUUUAUUUCUUCUAGAGACAGGGUUGGCUAUACCCUUAUGAUUGUAGGACCCAGAAGCUGAAGGGUUUUAAGUCAAAUAAUGAUAGUUGUAACAAGUCUGAAUUCUAGAAGGGGAUUUCCUUUUGUAAAUAAUGUUUUCCUUUUAAAUAUCCUGUGCGUACUUUAA